AAAAGUAAAACAGAAUAAUCAGCUCUUCCCAAAAAAUCAUUUCACACACAUAUCUUACACCCACUCCUCAGUUCCUCUACACUCCUCAUUCUCUCCUCUUCUCUCCAACGGAGUGAGGGAGGAGGAAUGGCGAGUCGCUGUAAAAUCUCGCAACAUCUGAAAAAUUGUGACCUAGGGUUUUGUUCCAAUUCUCCAAUUCGUCGUUUCAUCAGCACUGGUAAUCGUAUCAGUAGCUUUUCAUCUUCCCUUAAACCCUACCGAAAUUGUAUUCAUAGAAUCUCAAUUUCCAAACUUACUACUUCUUCCUCGCAUCAUCGUAUUGGUUUCAGAAAACCAAAAUCGGCUGAAAAAAGUCCAACUAUUACUGACUGCUUCAGCCAACAAGAAGACGAUAGGGAAGUUGCUCUUGAAGGAGAUGUUGUGUCUGUGGCAGGAGGUAUAGUUGCUUUGGGAAAAUUUGACGCCCUUCACGUUGGACAUCGAGAACUUGCAAUACAAGCAUCUAAAGCUGGGACUCCUUUUCUGUUGUCAUUUGUAGGAAUGGCUGAAGUACUUGGAUGGGAUCCACGGGCUCCCGUCGUUGGCAAAUGUGACCGUAAGCGAGUGUUUAACUCUUGGGCCUCAUAUUGUAACGAUGUAGCUCCAGCUGAGUUUUCAGUUGAAUUUUCAAGCAUUAGACAUUUGAGUCCAAGGCAAUUUGUCGAGAAGCUGUCCAAGGAGCUUGGAGUGCGAGGAGUUGUGGCCGGUGAAAACUAUCGGUUUGGAUAUAAAGCCGAAGGUGAUGUAACAGAACUGGUGAGACUCUGCGAAGAGUAUGGUAUUGGAGCUAAUAUUGUGAGCUCUGUUAUGGAUACCACUCAGUCGCCCGGGAUCACAAUCCCCACUAACACAAAAGAGAGGGGGCAAGUAUCAUCGACUCGUGUUCGUCAUGCUCUUGCUGGAGGUGACAUGAAAUACGUGUCAGAGCUUUUAGGGCGUAAGCAUCGUCUAAAGUUCAUAUUGCCAGAACAAGGAGCUACCACUAUUAAGGGGAAGAAUAGGAUUUCAGCUCCAAAGUCAUGUCUGUUAAAUCUCCAACCAAAGGAUGGGUCAUAUGGAAAUUGCAUUCUUUUGGUUGAUGACAAUAACAUGCUACCAUGCAGAACAGUUAUUGAUUCCACACGCAUACAUAUCGAAUCAGACGGAAAUGUUUCUUGGAAUGAGGUCUUAUCUCAAGAUUGUCGUGUUAUUAGUAUCGAAUUUGAUACUUCCUUGGGCUAAUCUUCAAUUUGCGAGGUAAAUAUAAUUCCGCACCAAGUAUUCUCCAUUUGUAUUCUUUGAAUUAGGUUACUAGGCUGCUGCAGCAAAAAGCAUGUAGGCGUAAUUUCUUGGAUCAGUAUUAUGUUUGUAGAUUUAUUUAUAAGCAAUAAGAAUAUCAGACAGUAGAACACAGAGAUUCAAAUUCUUUGAUGAUUCUUUUGCAGACGCCAUUUUGUAUUGUUGGCUAUAUGUAUCUAACAAAACAGUUUUAAUAUUACCAAGAAUGGGCAGAAAAGAAUUGAAUUGCAGUUC